AUGUUUCGGCCUUCUGUUCUCGCUCUCGACACCACGCCCGCUCAACACGAAUGUCAUGUCGCUCAGCUAAACAGUGUUUCCGACAAUCGGUCGAGUGUUCAGUCUGUGAAUCCCAUUCCCAUGAGCUCUCAUCGAAACGGUCAAUCGAAGUCCAGGACUGGAUGCUUGACCUGCAAGAUCCAACAGUCAGCAGCUGCACAGACUAACGGGAAAUGUACCGAGACUGGUCGAAAGUGCGAAGGGCCCGUCGCCCGCCAGAUUCGUUUUGCUGAGGAUCAGUCCUCAACUCCGAAGCAACAUGUUCUCCUUGCUGAGCUGUCCCUCCACGCCCCGCAACACAGCGACGAUGAACGAUGGGCUUUCAACUAUUUUGUCUAUCGAGUGGCACCAAUGUUCGCAGGAAUCAUAGAUGGUCCUUUCUGGCUCGAGUUGAUUCCUCGUCUUGCCCAAUCUUAUACCUUUGUCUGGCAAGUGGUCAUGUCAAUUAGCUGGGCUUUCGAGCACGUGCAAUAUCGAGACCUGAGGACUGUUUUCGACACCGGUUGUCCAACUGCUGUUGUCAUCAAUACCGAGCACCGACGCGCACUGAAGUGGUAUUCCAAGGCUCUUGUAAGUUUUCGUCAGCUGCUCGAACAAGGUGAAGCAGACAAUGCACAUGCUCUUUUGAGCUGCAUCCUGUUUAGCACUUUUGAGUUUCAGCAGAGGAACGUUGGCAACGCAUUGCGCCUGAUGGACAAUGCCUACAAAAUGCUGGGCCAGAAUCUGUCGAAUUCUCCAGCCCAGCAGAUUCUCGCCACAAACACUGGCAUCGCCGAGACGGUGACGGCUUUCUCCUCAAGGAAGGCGCUAUUGAUGGCCACUUUGGCUAUUCCAGAAUGGAAAUACCACGCAAGGGAACAUAGCUCGAGGCCUUUCAUCGCCGCCACUUUGUCUGUACUGGACGAAUUUCGGCAGAAUUUGUACAAACUCAUGUACAAAGCAUACGAGAUUGUCCGGGUGACAGAUCUUCUUUCUCACGACGAGUACGAGAUGCAAAAGUUGAGGCCAAAACAGCAGAUACGCCUACAGAAGUUGCAACGAUGGAAGGAUUCUUUCCUCCCUUUCUCGGAAGGCUUGCGAGAUGGUGAGACAAAAUGGAUAUCCUCUUAUCUCCUGAUGCACUGGGGUAUCUGCUACAUCUGGCUUUCCUGCUGCAUGACUCCAUGGGAGGUCUCGUUUGACGAGCAUAUGCAUGAGUUUGCAGCCAUUGUCGAGAGGGCAGGGGAGGUUAUCAACCGCGAUGCUGGAGACGAGGCUGGCGGCCCGAUAUUCAAUGGGGAAAUCGAAAUGGUCCUGGCGCUAUAUUUUGCAGCGACUAAAUGUCGUCAUGCGAUGAUCCGGAGGAAGGCUCUGCGCCUUAUACGAAAUAUCCCCUACCAAGAACGCUUCUGGGCAUCCAUCGCAUCCCCACGAGUGGUCGAAAAGAUAAUCGCAGUCGAAGAAUGCCAUGACCGUUUCUUGGAGCAUCCAUCGCCCGCUGGGCUACUCUGGUUACCACCGGAAGAGCACCGGAUACACCAUGUGGCCAUUGUCAAGGGAGAUGUGAACGAAGCUCGCCGGCGCCUCAAAUUGCGGUGGAGCAAGGUUGCGCUUGAUGACGACGGAUCAUUCAGAAUGGUACAAGAGGACGUCUGGCUAGAAGACUGCAUUGAAGAUCCUGGUCGAAAUCAGCACUGCUAA